AUGAAGAUUGAAGUUGAUUCCUUUUCAGGCUCAAAAAUCUACCCAGGUAGAGGUACUUUAUUCGUCAGAGGAGACUCCAAGAUUUUCAGAUUCCAAUCAUCCAAAUCUGCCUCCCUUUUCCACCAAAGAAAGAACCCAAGAAGAAUCUCAUGGACCGUGUUAUACAGAAGACACCACAAGAAGGGUAUUUCUGAAGAAACCUCUAAAAAGAGAACCAGAAAGACCGUUAAGCACCAAAGAGCCAUUGUCGGUGCUUCAUUGGAAUUGAUCAAGGAAAGAAGAAGCCAAAAGCCUGCUGACAGAAAAGCUUCAAGAGACGCUAAGUUGGCCAAGGACAAGGAAACCAAGAAGGCUGCCAAGGUUGCUAGAAAGGCUGAAAAGGCUAAGCUUGCUGCUUCUGGUGCUUCAGUUGUCUCAAAGCAAGGUGCCAAAGGUUCUUUCCAAAAAGUGAAGGCCACCUCCCGUUAA